CGUUCCCACAUAUCCAAGGGACUUAAGGGCGCCGCCGCACAGGUACGCGCCCUCGUUCUCCUCCGCCCGCCAUGUUCAUGACGCUCAGAUUCGCGCAGUGCACCGAGUGCGAGUGCACGUUCGAGCGCCCGGACUCGCUGCAGCGGCACAUGCGCACCGAGCACGGCCAGGCGGGCCUGCGCAGGAGCGGUCGCAAGCGCAAGCGCCCGAACGAAGACACCGGCCGCCCUCUGUCGCCCAACACACACACCUUCUACGCGUUCAGGGUCGACACGGGAAAGCCGCGCGGCAGGCCGCCACGCAGGCACGGCCCUUCUAUAUACCACAGCGCAGAGCCCGGCUCGUCGACGAGCCCGAUGAAGCUCACGUACGUCUCGCUUCCCGACAACGCCUUCCCACCCCCGCAGGCGCAAGCGGAACCUCCUCAGCCCAUCCCCGUCGAGCGCUCGCCCGAGAUGGUCCGCUACAUCCUCAUGAAGGCCAAAUACCGCUAUGCCCUCGAGCAGAACGAGGCGCUCACCAACGAGCUCGAGCUCGCGCGCGCCGAGCUCGAACGCCAGCGCGAGGAGAAGGACUUCGCUCUCGACAAGUUGCUAAAUGACGUCUUCGGGGCCGAAGCAGACGCCUAUAUCAACCCUGUAGAAAUUAAGCGCGCGGAGGAGAAAGUGAGGGCGAGGGACGGCGGGCCGUCUCCCCCUUCGCCACCCCCUGAAGGAGAAUUUACGGAGCGGCUUCCCUGGCAUAACCCGCCGGAAGAUCCAUCCGCAUCUGGGGCACCGCGCUAGCCUUCCCGCACGCUGGCACCGCACCGGGUCCUCAGUCGAUCUCACUCUUGUAUAUCGCCAACCCGGCGGGCCGGAGGCGACCGAUCCACCCCAAUUAUGAUAUUCUUCAUAUCCGCGCGAAAGAGAUAUUCUACCGACCGCACUCACAACACAUCCCCG